GGUCAGAAAAACAAAUGAGCGGAAGCGAAGGUAGUUCCGGCGGCGGAGAACCGGCGACAUCAUCGACGGAGAAGGAGAAGAAGAAGAAAGAGAAAGCGAGAGUUAGUCGAACAUCGCUUAUUCUAUGGCACGCACACCAAAACGAUAAGGCUGCCGUCCGGAAACUUCUAGAAGAAGACCGUACGCUUGUUCAAGCUAGGGAUUACGAUAACCGCACUCCACUUCACGUUGCCGCCCUUCAUGGUUGGAUCGAUAUCGCUAAAUGCUUGAUAGAGUACGGCGCCGACGUGAAUUCUCAGGAUCGAUGGAGGAAUACGCCUUUAGCUGAUGCAGAAGGAGCUAAGAAACAUGGUAUGAUCGAAUUGUUGAAGUCAUAUGGUGGCCUAUCUUAUGGGCAAGAUGGGAGCCAUUUUGAACCAAGGGCUGUUCCACCCCCUUUGCCAAAGAAGUGUGACUGGGAGAUUGAUCCUACUGAGCUGGAUUUCUCUAACUCAGCAAUCAUUGGGAAGGGGUCUUUUGGUGAAAUAAUAAAAGCUUGUUGGCGUGGAACACCUGUAGCUGUUAAACGCAUUCUCCCAAACCUUUCAGAUGAUCAAUUGGUGAUUCAGGAUUUCAGACAUGAGGUAAAUUUGCUGGUGAAGCUUCGUCAUCCAAAUGUAGUGCAAUUUCUUGGAGCUGUUACUGAGAAGAAGCCCUUGAUGCUAAUAACUGAAUACUUGAGAGGGGGUGACCUUCAUCAGUACCUCAAGGGAAAAGGUGCUCUUAGUCCAUCUACAGCAGUUAAUUUUGCUUUGGAUAUAGCAAGAGGCUUGGCUUAUCUUCACAAUGAACCAAAUGUUGUAAUCCACAGAGAUUUGAAGCCCAGGAAUGUUCUCCUUGUCAACUCCAGUGCUGACCAUUUGAAAGUUGGAGAUUUUGGAUUGAGCAAGCUAAUAAGGGUUCAAAAUUCCCAUGAUGUUUAUAAAAUGACAGGCGAGACUGGGAGCUACCGAUAUAUGGCUCCUGAAGUUUUCAAACACCGGAAAUAUGACAAGAAGGUUGACGUCUUCUCUUUUGCAAUGAUCUUUUAUGAGAUGCUAGAGGGUGAUCCACCACUGUCGCACUAUGAACCAUAUGAAGCAGCAAAAUAUGUGGCUGAAGGACACAGGCCGAUGUUCAGGGUAAAAGGUUUGACCCCAGAAUUGAAAGAGUUGGUAGAGCAGUGCUGGGCUAAAGAUGUGAACAAGAGACCUUCGUUCUUAGAGAUUCUAAAGACACUCGAAAAAAUCAAACUAGGCUUACCGUCAGAUAAUCAUUGGAACAUCUUCACUUAAAUGACAGAAAUGCAAGAACUGAACAGACAUUAAAGUGAUGCAUUCUGAUGAAUCUCCCUUUCUGAUGUGCUUGUAUAUAGGAUCAACGAGCUGCUGUCUGAAAGGGCUUUUUCUGUAACUAAUUCUUCAUGCCCUAUUUGAUAUUGUAGAUAGAAACAUUGGUCAUUGAGUUCAUUUCAUUCCAAUUGUUCUUCUCUUGGUGGCUCCACUGUGAUUAUGUUUUAAAUGGAUGUUUAGGGGACUAUCG